AGCUCUACCGCGUUUACACCACCAUAACACAAUCAAGUCAUUGCGGCGCUACAUUAUGAUCGCGUUGCCCUCUCAGCCUCUGAGCUGACGUUCCGCGAAGAAGUAGCCCCUCCCUCUAAUAUUGCGCGUGCGCGUGCAAGGUGCGCUAACCGAAAGCGAAGCAAGCGUGAUGCAGAUACGAGUUCUUCUCACUUCGUUCUUCCUCUGUGUAUCUGUCUGUCUCUUCUGCACUGCACAAGACGACCUUGUGGGCUGUGGAGGCUUCGUCAGAUCUGACUACCUCUCCAAUUUCUCCAGGAUCAAGGUAAACUUGUACACGAAGUCGGGAGCUGUGAAGUACCGCAGUGAGUGUGCUCCUAACAACGGGUACUUUCUUAUCCCCCUUUAUGACAAGGGAGAGUAUGUUUUGAAAGUGGAGCCACCUGAGGGAUGGACAUUUGAGCCCAGUGAGGUGGCCCUGACAGUGGAUGGCAAGACAGACCUCUGCAGUAGAGGAGUUGACAUCAACUUCAACCACAUCGGCUUCUCAAUCUACGGCCAGGUGUACAGCACUGGAUGUGACUCUGGUCCCAGUGGAGUCACUGUCUCUGUCACUGGCCCAGAUGGCCAUUCUUCUCAAACAGAGACUGUGGAGGAAGGAAGGUUCACAGUCCCAGGCCUGGCCCCUGGGGUCUAUUCCAUAGCUGCCAGCCACCCUCUCUGGAAGAUGGGACAGGAUGUGGUGAAGGUUGAAGUAGAGGGUGACUCUGCUAGUGUUCCCAGUGGUCUGACUGUCCUGGGCUAUGAUGUAACUGGUCAUGUGCAGAGUGCUGGUACCCCAGUGGCUGGAGUACAGUUACUCCUUUACUCCGACAGCCAGACUGAGUUGGACUGCCCGGCUCCGCCCUCCUCUCCAUCCCCGGUGACCUCUGACCUCGACCAGCCUCGCUGCGUGACUCUCUCACAAGACGACGGCGUCUUUUCAUUCCCUGCCCUUCCUCCUGGACGCUACACUCUGGUGCCACAUUACAGACAUGAACAGAUAGUGUUUGAUGUUCAUCCUCCUCGACUGGGCUUCUCUGUGGCCAACGACUCCCUCUAUCUCCAGCCUUCAUUUGAGGUGCAGGGGUUCACUGUCUCCGGCAGAGUCCUCUUCUCACAACAGGGUGGCGGAGUGGGUGGAGCUCAGGUGUUUGUGAACGGUUACCUAGCAGCCACUACUGACGAGGAAGGCUCCUACACCCUCUCCAACAUUACCUCUGGAUCCUACCACCUCCUGGUUGAAGCGGAGGGACUAGAGUUUCAAGAAGUGGUGGCGACCAUCACACCCACUGAGCCCUACCUACCCGACCUGACUCCCUUGAGGUUCCAGGUCUGUGGUCAUGUGACUCUGACUGUUGCUCCCUCCUCCGCUGAGGUCUCUGGAGGGAGGAGAGUGGAGGUGGUGGCAAGAGAGGGAGAAGUGAGAGUGUCAGUGAGUGCUGAUGAGGACGGAAGGUUCUGUGCCAUGCUCAGACCUGGCCAAUACGCCUUCACUCCAGAUGUGAGACCAGCAGAGCAGGAGUGGGGACUGGCGUUUGUCCCUCCCACCAAGGACUUCAUUGUUACCACCUCCCCCUCCCCCUCCUCCUCCCUCUCCUUCACCCAGUUCACUGCCUCUCUCUCUGGCACUCUGUCGUGUCUCGAGUGGUGUCCACCGAGUGGUGUCCCGGUGACAAUGAGUCAGGGAGGGAGAAGAGAGACGGCCUCCGCCACUCCCUCCUCCUCCUCUGGUCCCGGUGUGGCCUCCUUCUCCUUCUCCUCUCUACUGCCUGGAUCUGUCAGUGUGUCACUGGACUACCCAUUAUGGUGCUGGGAGGCGGAGACUAUCACCGUGGAGAUAAACCCUGACCUUGUACCCAGCGUGAAUUUUGUUCAGACGGGAUAUGCCAUGCUCUACACUACCUCACACGAUGUAACUGUCCUGGUAGGUAAGGAGAAUGACACAGGAGUUGAAUAUUCUCUGGAGAAAGGAUCUGGUAGAAAAUGCCUGGCAGCUCCUGGUCUGUAUACGGUCACCCCAAAGUCCUGCCACAGGUUCCAAAUGCAAUAUGGAUUUGACACGUCAUUCCCGGCCCCACUGGUCCUGACAGCAGUGGCUCAUACUGUGACAGCCACAGUUCUGUCUCCCUCACCCUCUGCUGACAUCACUCUCCUAGUCAGGUCCCUGGGACUGGGGGAGAAAGAGAGGGUGGUGUCUGCCUCUUCCGAGGUCAUUGAGCUCCUCCAGGAAGACUCCACCAAAUAUCUCUUCACAUUCCACAUCCUUGCCAAGCCUCAUGAUGAGCUGGAUGUGGUACCUCAGUCCUCGAGUCUCCUCUUCAUCCCCUCUCACAGAGAGUUCCUCGUUUCUCAAGUGUGUCCAGAGAAGGUUCCCCUGUUUGAGGGCAGUCAGGGAGUCACUCUGUCUGGUCAUGUGGGUCCUCCUCCCCUGGGGGGUGUGGCCAUUACUGUGACUCUGGGGGACGAUGGAGAGGAGAUACACACUGCCACCGACUCACAGGGACUGUACAGGGUUGGUCCAAUUCAUGGAGGGAAGAGCUACACUGUGUCGGCCGCUCUGAGUGGCUAUACAUUCCAGCCUCUUCCUGGUGACCCUCUCUCCUUCACCUCCCUCCGACUGGGACACAUCAACAUACAGGUGUUGGAGGAGGAGAGUGGGUCUCCCCUCUCCCCAGUCCUCCUCUCUCUCAGUGGUAGCCACGGUUUCAGGAGCAACAACUUCACCAAGCCAGAUGGGACUCUAGAGUACCGUGACCUGGUUCCUGGAGAGUAUUUUCUGAAACCUCUGCUUAGAGAAUUUGAAUUCACUCCUUCAUCCACCAGUCUGACUCUGGGGCAAGGCUCUGUGGAAGACGUCACAUACACUGGGCAGAGAGUGGCGUUUGGGUGUGCCGGUAGGGUGACAUCACUCAAUGGUCACCCCCUGGAAGGAGCUGUUGUCAUGCUGGCAGGUAGUGGGGGGUCAGAGUGCACGGUGACAGAGGAGGCUACCACAGGAGAUGAUGGCCAGUACCUCUUCAGGGGACUACCGCCUACCUGUGACUAUGUGGUGUCUGUGAGAGACGGUGGUCCUAAUGACAUUGCCCACACCCUCCCUUCCUCUCGCCAUAUCAAGUUGGAGAGUAAGGAUCUGGUGGACGUUUACUUUGCCGCCGUCUUUGCCAUCAGAGAUAUCUACAUCUCUGGUAACGUGCUGACCGACCCCAAGCACUUCUCUACUCUUCAGGUUCAGGUGUACUCUGAGAGUAGGAUGGAGUCCCCACUGACUACUGCCGGAGUCAACAGUAUCGGGUUCUUUGAUCUCACUCCUCUUCCAAACAGAUCUGAGGUCCUCCCUUCCCUCUCUAUCGCAAUUACAGUUGAACCUCUGAAUAAUGGACACGUUAAUGGAACCAGCAAUUUUGUCCCUUAUAAGGAGGUUGUCCUCUCUUAUAUAGGAGGUCAACAUGUACUAGAAUAACAGGAGAGUAAAUGUUUUUUUAAUUCAGAGUGUCCACCAUUAAGUGUGUCCUGUUUUCUAUGUGUGCUUUUAUUCAGAGUGCCAUUUAUUGGAGGUAGCUGUAUACAAUCACUGUGUUAUACCGUUUUGCAGGACUACUACAUCAUCCUGGACACUAACCUGCCCUCCCACUUCUAUCAGUUCACUCGUCCCCGAGGCGAGUCUGCCUGGCAGUCAAGACUCCCACAUUACCCUCACCUUCAAUGUUCAGGCCAUCAAGUACAAUGAAGAGCACAGUCAUGGGUCACUGGUGGCUCUGGGAAUAGCCAUCGUCGCCAUCUUUGCAGCUGUCAACUUCAACAAGAUCUAUGGAUUUGCCAGUGGCCUCGUCAGGAAGAAUGAUAGAUAGCACAGACUCAUGUUGAAGAAUGGUUGUACAGUGUGUAUAAUUAUACAGUGGACAUCCAAAAUAUCACACAAGCCAUUUGUUUCUUCUUCAUGAAUAAGACAU